UCAUAGCAUCCACAGUCCUGUUUGCAUAGUUUCACCGUCCUUACAGUGCUAGUUACUGUGUCUGAUCUGAAGUGUUUAAAACCAUUUAAAGCCAAUCUGAUGGUAGGAAUUAUGAAUGCACAACUGCGCUGUGUCGAGAAGAUGAAGGGAAGAGUGAAAUUAUACUAGAGCGUAGAUGUUGGAGUGAUGAAUACUGACCCAUCCAAAACUGAGAAAUGGCCCAGGCAAGUGGCUCGGAUUUGGAUCAUGAUGCUUCUGUUCAUCACCUGCCUUCUAUACAGUGCCAGAACGGUCAUGCCAGUGUGUGCCGUCACCAUGUCCACACAGUUUAGUUGGAGCAAGAGAGACUCAGGGGUGGUGAUGAGUGGAUUCUUCUAUGGCUACUGCCUCACUCAAGUCCUUGGAGGCUAUGCCAGCGACAGGAUUGGGGGAGAGAAGGUUCUGCUGUUGUCCUCCACAGCUUGGACUUUAGUGACGGCCAUCACUCCAGUUUCAGCACAUCUGAGGAUCAGUCCCCUCAUCACCAUGACCGCUGCCAGAUUUUUCAUGGGACUUUUUCAAGGUAUUCACUACCCCUGUCUGACCAGUGUGUGUGCUCGGAGGGUAGAAGAAGGAGAAAGGGGCUUUGUGAUGAGUGUGAUCGGCUGUGGAUCCCACUUGGGGGUGCUCUUUGUGGGUGGAUUAGGCUCUGUGAUUCUUGAAGUCUACAGCUGGGAGUCUGUCUUUCUAAUAGUGGGAGUCCUGUCUGCCCUGUGCACUUUCAGUAUGUGGAAGUACCUCUUCACAGCAGACACAGUUGCAAAAAAGGCAUCACAUAAUGGGUCUCUAUCCGACCAACACCAAUCAGCAGUAUUUUGGCGAAAUCUCUGCAUGAAACCAGCAGUUCUUUCCAUGUUUUUUACACACUUGUGUUUCCGUGCUGGCCAUUACACCCUCCUCUCAUGGCUGCCAACCUUCUUCAAGGAAGUCUACCCUCAUGCUAAGGGUUGGGUUUUUAACAUGGUGCCAUGGUUCGUCGCUAUGGUGUCAUCACUGCUUGGAGGCAGUUUGUCUAGCUACCUCAUAAAAACUGGUUAUAGCAUCAAGGCUGUCAGGAAAUUUAUGCAGUUUUGUUCCAUGGGGAUCAGCAGUAUAUUUCUGCUGCUGCUGUGUGGUAACCCCUCAUUUGGCUCAGCUGUUGCCCUCGUGUCUGCCGUUGUUGGCCUGGGCACCUUCAACAACAGUGGAGUAAUGGUGAACGUCCAUGACCUGGCUCCCUCCUGUGCAGGAGCUUUGUAUGGAAUGAUGAACACUUGCAGUGCUAUCUCAGGCCUACUGGUUGUGUACUUCUCUGGAUACCUUGCGGAUGUGACUGACUCCUGGGACAGCGUGUUUUGUUUUCUGAUUUUUGUGAACGCGGUGGGCCUGUUAGUGUUUCUGGUGUUUGGAGAUGCCCAGCGUUUUGACUUGGACCAGAAGGAGUCAGAUAUCAGCGACAUUGGUCCCACGAUUAAGGAUUUGUCUUGAGGCUUUUACACACUGCCAAAUAGCCCCUGUUAAUCACUGUUAGUUACCAUGGCACUUGUGCCUUUCAUGGACUGGGUAUUUUGCCUAGGUGAUCCGUCAUUUUUGCUGACACAAGCGGUAACAUACACCACGGACACUGUAUGUUUGAUGCUACAAUGUUUGAUGAGACAAUGUUCAUUUUUUGUUCUUUGUGUUUUACUAAAAUGCAUAUUUAUUGUUUGUACAGUAAAUGAAAUG